AUGGAUCCCGACGUGGUGGAGAUCGCUCCUCCUCUCUCAGCUUCGGCUUCUAGAACUCGUAAACCCAGAAAGGCUGUAGUUCCUGAAGUGAUUGAUGUGGAGCAAUAUCAUGAAGAUAAGAUGAACAAAGGGAAGGCUACACAAGAUGGGCAUAACCCAUUUAGUCAUGUAGCUAAUGGAGUGAUGCCUAUGGAUGUUGAUGGCUACACAAUGGUUCUAAAUGAUAUCCCAACUGGUGUAAAAGUGGUGAUGUCUACUUCUCAACCACCUUCUGGAUUUCAGAAUUAUAGUAGCAAAGGAACUUCUAAAUCAAGUAGAAGCAGUCCUUCUGUCUCCUUCUCUCAAAACAAUCAAACUAUGUGUUCUUCUUCUACAAUGAUUCAACCUCAGACUCCUAAUGUAGUGAGGGAGCCAUCUCCUUCUUCAAGACCUGUUAACUGUGAUGCUUCUGCUAGCUCUUCUUCUGAGGCUGUUCCUUCAGCUCAGGCUAACUUUCUGCGGGACUUUAAAAGGUUUGAUACUGUUGAGGAUUUCUCAGAUCAUCACUAUGUUUCAAAAGGGAAAACUUCAAAACAGCACUCAAAGACUUGGUUGAAGAAGGUUCAAGAAGAUUGGAAGAUUCUUGAGAAUGAUUUGCCUGAUACAAUAUUUGUCAGAGCCUGUGAAUCAAGAAUGGAUCUUAUGAGAGCUGUAAUCAUUGGAGCUGAGGGGACUCCUUACCAUGACGGUCUUUUCUUUUUCGAUAUUCAGUUCCCAGAUACCUAUCCUUCAGUGCCACCCAAAGUUCAUUACCAUUCCGGUGGGCUUAGAAUCAACCCUAACUUAUACAACUGUGGUAAAGUAUGCUUGAGUCUUCUUGGUACAUGGACCGGUAACAAGAGGGAGAAAUGGCUACCACAAGAAUCCACAAUGUUACAGCUUCUCGUCUCAAUCCAAGCACUCAUCUUGAAUCAAAAACCAUACUUUAACGAACCUGGCUACGAGUCCACCAAGGGGACUCAAUCAGGAGAAGCUCACUCCAAAGUUUACAGUGAGAACGUAUUCAUAUUGUCGUUAAAGACUAUGGUUUACAGCAUGAGAAAACCACCAAAGCACUUUGAAGAGUUUGUUAAUAGCCAUUACUUUGUGAGGGCACUUGACAUAGUGAAAGCUUGCAAUGCUUAUAAAGAUGGAGCUCCUGUUGGUUCCAUUGUUAAAGAUGGGAUUCAAGACAUUGAGCAAACUAACCAGAGUGGCUCUAAGAAGUUUAGGACCGAUGUGGCUGCCUUUGUGAAGACAGUUGUUGGUGAGUUUGUUAAGUUAGGAGUCAAGGAGCUUGAAGAAAAACCUAAACCACCGCCUGUGGUUAUUGCUAACACUGAGAGUAAUACAGCCAACCGUAAGAGAAGCAGAUCGUCCAGCAUCAAAGAAUUUCUUGCCAAUAUCGGACGCUGCGUUUUUCAGUAG